CCUGUAGAGCGCAACUUAUUAGGCUGUUUCUGAAUUCUCUGUGCUUGAUGUUCUAAGAGCCUUGUAGAUAAUAAUAUUUUUUAAUAAUAUGAAGAUUAUUAAAAUUAUAAAAAUAUAUUGUAAAUAAAUAGAUCCAACUAUGCGGAGUCUGUUAGUCGUUUCGGUGACUUGUGCUUUCCUUAAACAUGCGACUAGUCAAGACAAUAUCUUAGACAAUGUAACUAAUCUAGGAGAUGAUACUAUAUCGCAAAGAAGAGAUAAGAACUUCACCGAAUUAGUGGCUUACGAUGGCUACAACAGCGAGACUUACACAGUUACCACUGAUGACGGCUACAUUCUUUCCGUAUUCCGAAUACCUGUUAACAAAUCCUGCAAAGACAGCUCCAAUUUGGAGCCUAUCAUCUUCAUGCAUGGCUUAUAUCUAAGCGGAGACGACUGUAUCAUACCCGGACCCGGUAAAGCACAUUGCUACAUAUAUUCUGAUGCCUGUUAUGAUGUUUGGGUGCCGAAUAACAGAGGUAACAGGUACAGCAGACAACAUAAAUCAUUGGAUCCCGACAAAGAUCCCGAAUUUUGGAACUUUGCUAUGGACGAGAUGGCUCUUCAUGAUCUACCGGCAAUUAUUGAUUAUGUAUUGGACAAAACAAAUAAAAAACAGGUGUACUACGUGGGACAUAGCCAGGCGGUGGGCACACUGCUACUUCUCUGUGCAAAGAAGCCACAAUAUAAUGACAAAAUUAAAUUAGGCUUUGGUAUGUCACCCACGGCGUGGUUAGAAAAUUCUCGAUUCAUCGUCAUAAAAGUUGAAGCAGCGGCUAAUGAAAUUCUUAAAACGGCAAAUAAUGAAACGAACAUUGAAUUUCUACCAUAUGGUGGCUUCUUUCAGAAUGCGGGGAAAAUAUUAUGUGGAAGUAAAGCAUCUUAUCUAGCCUGUUCAGCUCUUCUCUUCUCAGUUCUGGGCUUUAACAAAUUUCAAAUCACAUCCGACGUUCUGCCUGUUCUUCCUGGACAUUUGCCGGCAGGGACAUCUUUGAAAGACUUUUUGCGUUGGGGCCAAAUGGUAACUAAUGGCUUUUCGGAAUAUGACUACGGUUCGAAACAGAAUUUGGAAUUGUACGGCCAAGAAAAACCGCCAACCAUUGAUCUGAGUCCGGUGACGAUGCGGUGGAUAUUUUUCGCGAGUGAAAACGAUUAUGUAUCUGAUGUGAAAGAUGUUAAGACAUUAGUGUCUGCUUUGACUCGAUCUGAUGCUAAAAUGUGCCUCCUGGCAGAUAAAUCUUUCGGGCAUUUGGAUUUCCUCUAUGCGGAUAACCUCGCCAAGUACGUGGCUCCUGACAUUUUAUCCACUAUGAAGACUGGUGAAUAUGCCUGCAAUAUAGAUUCACUUAGUAAUCUUUUGUAAACUGCAGUCGUAAAACGUUUCAAUAAAUUUAAUUUUAUUUAGCA